AUGGUGACAGGCAACUUUGUCCACAUGGGCACACACUAUGUACACCAAACAAGGCCCCCAGGCCUACAGUUAAAAAAUGAGCCGCCCCAGUGCCGGCCCUUCCCGGGGACCCACGGUGGCGAGUGGUGUCGGCCGCCGCCGCCAGGCCCGGGGCCGCCCUGGAGCCCGCAAUGGCCUGAGGCGCCGCCGCCGUCCGACGUGCUUGGGGAUGCGGCCCUGCAGCGCCUGCGCGACCCGCAGUGGCUAGAGGCGGUGUUCGGGACCCCGCGGCGGGCCGGGUGCCCGGUGCCUCCACGCGCGCCCGCCGGGCCCAGUCUGGGCGAAGUGCGCGCAGAGUUGCGCGGGGCUCUGCACCUGGUGCGGCGGCUGCGCGACCUGGGCCAGGCCCUGCGCGAGGCCGAGGGCGAUGGCGCGGCCUGGGUGCUGCUGCAUGCCCAGGCUGCGCCGCUGCGCGCCCAACUCGCCGAAAGACUACAGCUGCUGACCCAGGCCGCCUAUGUGGGUGAGGCGCGGCGGAGGUUGGAGAGGGUCCGGCGCCGCCGCCUGCGGCUUCGCGAGAGGGCCCGAGAACGCGAAGCCGAGCGGGAGGUUGUUGCCGCGCGGGCAGUGGAGCGCGAACAGGAGAUUGACCUUUGGAGGGUCAAGUGCGUGCAGGAGGUGGAGGAGAAGAAGCGGGAGCAGGAACUUAAAGCUGCUGCUGAUGGUGUCUUAUCUGAAGUGAGGAAAAAACAAUCAGACACCAAAAGAAUGGUGGACAUUCUUCGGGCCUUGGAGAAAUUGAGGAAGCUCAGGAAAGAGGCAGCAGCAAGAAAGGGUGUCUGUCCCCCAGCCUCAGCAGAUGAGACUUUCGAGCAUCAUCUUCAGCGACUAAGAAAACUAAUUAAAAAACGCUCUGAAUUGUAUGAAGCUGAAGAGAGAGCCCUCAGAGUCAUAUUGGAAGGAGAACAAGAAGAAGAGAGGAAAAGAGAACUAGAAAAGAAACAGAGGAAAGAAAAAGAGAAGAUUUUACUUCAGAAGCCUGAAAUUGAGUCCAAGUUAUUUGGGGAUCCAGAUGAGUUCCCACUCGCUCACCUCUUGCAGCCCUUCCGACAGUAUUACCUCCAAGCCGAGCACUCCCUGCCAGCCCUCAUCCAGAUAACGCAUGAUUGGGAUCAGUACCUGGUGCCAUCUGAUCAUCCCAAAGGCAACUCCGUUCCCCAAGGAUGGGUCCUUCCCCCGCUCCCCAGCAAUGACAUCUGGGCAACGGCCAUUAAGCUGCAUUAG